CGGCGGGAAGAGGUGCAGAUGACGAGAACGUAGAGAGGAGGAGGAUAUGGACGAAUCCUUCUGAGGCAAGAUGGGAGUUGAUGAAGACGAGCCGAGCGUAUGAUUGCCUCGGAACUGCUGACGUGGCCUGCUGACGCGGCCUGCUGACGCGGCCUGCUGACGUGGCCUGCUGACGUGGCCUGCUGACGUGGCCUGCUGACGUGGCAGCUGCGAUAAUUGAAGAGAUAAACGAGGUAGUGAUCUCCUACUCCGCUUUUCUCUCCCUCGUUCUCCUCCUCCUCCUCCUCCUGCAUCACCACGACUACCAUCUCUUCUUCGUUUACCUCCUCCUCCUCCUCCUCCUCCUCCCCUUGCUCCCUUUCUUCGUCCUCUUCCUCUUCGCUUCUUCCUCCUCCUCCUCCUCCCUUUCUUCUUCCGCUUCCUCCUCUUCGACCAUAUCCGAGUCCAAUUUCGAAGCAAUUGUCCGCCGCGGCUAUCUCCGCGUGGAGCGGAAGGUCCGAUGAUGGCGGAGGAAGAGAGAAGCAGCCCGGGCGGGGAUCCCGACGAAGAAGCGUUAUCGGUGAAUAAUGCUGCGCGCCCAUGCCGGCGCUGCUUCGCGGAGACCAGCGCGACACACGGAUCGCGCAGAAGACGACAAUUGUGCCACGUGGUGUAUGAACGAACGGAGGAGAUCAAGCAUUGCAAAUUGGCGGGAGAUGUGACCGGCGCGGCGGAGAUUUUCCGCGGCUUGCAGAAUGACCACAUUCAUCGCCCCGCUGUCGAGACCUACACUCUGAUGAUUAGCAUCUUGGCGGAGAAGGGGCAGUUCGACAAGUCGCUGGCCUUGCUUGAGGAAUGUGAGAGGGAGUGGGAUGCUGACGUGGACGCUCAGUGCUACAACGCCCUGCUCAACGGCUAUUGCGGAAGAGGCCACGUGGAGGAAGCGAUGAAGCUGGCGGACAGAAUGGGAGAGCGAAAGGUGCGCUUGUCAACGACUAGCUUCAACAUACUGCUGAAAGGAUAUUGCAGAGCAGGGAGGGAGGGGGAGGCAAUGGAGCUCUUGCAGAGAAUGAAAGGCUUAAGGAGGUGGGGGGGGGAGGAGGGGGAGGAGGAGGAGGUCGAGAGGAAUACGGUUACGUACAAUGUGCUUCUUGGCGCCUGGGCGGCGAAGGGAGAGGUGGAAAGAGUGGAGGAGGUGAUGGGGAUGAUGCGCGCCGAUGGGGUGUAUCCCGAUCGCGUCUCCUACGCCGCGCUCGUGAGGGUGUACGGAAAGGCCGGCAAGCCGGAGGUGGGUGAAAGGCUUGUGCGCCAGGUGGAGGCGGAGCUGGCAAAGCAACAGUCACGCCGCCAUCGCCGGCGCAAGUCUUCUUCUUCCUCCUCCUCCUCUUCUUCUUACUCGUCUUAUUCCUCGUCUUCUUCUUCUCAGACGGCCACAUCCUCUGCGCGGGAGAAGCUCAUGGCCUACGGCGCCGCUGUGCACGCUUAUUGCGAGGCGGGAGCCGUCGAUCAAGCGCUGAUCUUGCUGGGACGGAUGCGACGCGGCGGAGUCGGGAUCUCGGCCGCGCUGAUGAACAUGGUGCUGAAGGGGUACGUGAAGGCGGGGCGGCUGGAGGAGGCGGAGAGAAUGCUGGGGAGCAUGGAGAGAACCUCGGGGGUCACCCCUGACAUCACCUCCUACACGACCAUGAUGAAUGGACUGGCCAAUGGCGGCCACGUGGCACGCGCUCGUGCAAUCUUUGAGCGGAUGAUUGACAACGGCCUGAACCCCGACGUCGAAGCGUACUCCACUUUGAUGAAAGCCUCGGCCAGGUCUCGAUCCCCCGACGAGUGCGAAUCUGUUCUUUGGGAGAUGGUGGAGAAGGGCGUGAAACCUAACGUGGUCGUGUACACGUUGCUCAUUGGCGCCUUUUGCAGGGAGGGGGAGGUAGAGAAGGCGAGGGGGUUCUUGGGAGCAAUGCGCGCCGAAGGCGUUCAACCCAACGACUGGACCUACAACACGCUAAUCUGGGGGUACGGCAUAGUAGAGAGGCCGAGAGAGGGGGAGAGGCUGCUCAAUGAGAUGGAGAGAAUGGGGGUGAUCCCGACACAGAGGAGCUACGAGGUGGCGGCGGAGGCUUGGCGGAGUUGCGGCUUCCCGCGCGAGGCGGAGAGAGUCCUCCUUGGCGGGAGGGAGAGGUUGAAGGGAGGAGGAGAAGGACGAGAAUCAACUGCACCCAUGGCAGGCGGAGGAGAGCAGCAACGCUACAGUAAACGAGCGGGAGCAGCAGCAGCAGCAGGAGCGGGACACGUGGCGGCGCAAGCGGGAAGGAGUGGUCGCGUCGGGAUCCCGUCUCCCCUCCCUCCUCGUUCUCCUUCCGCUUCUGCCCCCGUAAGUGGCGGGGUCAAGAGGAGAGCGGGAGUAGACAUCCCGACUCCCCCAGGUCGCCACAUAGCAGGCCGAGAAGAAAAGGGGCAGAGGGGACGUGGGGGGGGAAUGACGGGUUUCAAAGGGGAGGUAGACCCCCGAGAGAGGGAGGAGAGGGGAAAUGGCGCGGGAAGGGCGAGCGUAAGAGGGGGGGGCGGCACGGGCGCGGCGUCAGCAGAAAAAUCCCGGGGAUAUGAAGAAGGGAGGGCCGUCGAUGGAGAUAGGAGGGAAACUGAUCAGCGACGAUCCCGUGGAGAAGAAGAUGGUGGUCAUAACGGCGGUGGUAGUAAUGGCAGCAGCAGCAGCAGCAGCAGCAGCAGUGGGUCAAGGAGAAGAGUGGUGGUCGCAGUAGGAGGACGGCCGAAACCAGAGCGCGCCGAUUCUCUGUCGAGGGGGCGACAGUCUGAUGAGGGAGAUCGUGAAGGAGGAGGAGGAGGAGGAGGAGGAGGAGGAGGAGGAGGAGGUAGAAGAGGCACUGCAGCUGCAGCUGCAGCUGCAGCUUCUGCUGCUGCGGCGUUCGCAAGCUCCCGAGUCGAAGUACAGCCGCUAUAUCGCGAUCUCGACCGCGGGAUUGGGAUCGGCAUGGGAGAAGAGACGGAUCAGCAGCAGCAGCAGCAGCAGCAGCAGCAGCAGCAGGCGGUAGUCCUGGGGCCGUGGGAAGCUCACCCCCGGGUCCAGCUCCCCGGCAGUGGCCAGUUGGGGGCCGCCGGCUCAUCAGGGGGGGAAGGGAAGCACGGGGACAGGCGGGGAGAGGAUGUUGAUGACAGUGGGGGUCGUUUUGGAAGUUUCGCGGCGGUUUCGUCUCGUGGUGCGGCUGCGGAGAGCGCCGACGUCAAUGCCGCGGAAAGCCAGCAGCAGGUGGCAUUCAGUCGAGCGUCCAUGGGGUUCGAUUGCCCCCGCAGGCAUCCGAGAGGAGUCUCCGGUUGGCGCGCAGUGGCAGAGGGAGGGGGAGGGGGAGGGAGAGCAGAAGGAGGAGGGGGAGGUGGUGGUGGUGGCCUUCGAUGUCUACGUCCACUUCCGGUCGUGUCAUGGAAGACAGGGAGGCGUUCUUGUGGGCGGACGAGCACGGUACAUGUUCCUCGGGCGCAGCCGCAGUCUGGCAUGCCGAUCCCGAUCGACACGUGGCGCGAUCUUGGGACGUCGUUGCUUCAGACUGUCGCCCACCCUCUGAGGCCGUCCCUCGGAACUCCGACAUGGGCGGGGUCGGGAUCUGGACCCCUUACUGUCGGUGUCGGGAGGCCAGGAACCUCACUCUUGCGGCUGACGAUCUUAGUGAAGGACUUUUCGGCGAAAAGGGGGAUAGGAAGAACCGAAAGGUCAGCAGGGGCAUCAGGGGCAUCAGCGGCAUCAGAUCUCCGCCCUGCAUCUGGGCUCGCGGACGCGUUCCUGGUCCUGGUUCAGUCGGCUGCUCCGACCGGUUUGUCCUGGGUCUCGUGUGGUCCCUGUGUGGGGCGAAAUGGUAUUGCUAGCGGGCGCGGACUUUUGCGGCAUCGAAGUCUGCACCUUAGAUUGAAUGGGGUAAAUUGCGCUCUGUACAGGGGUGUAGAAGCGGGGAAGGGGGUAAAUUACGCUCUGUGCAGGGGUGUAGAAGCCGGGAAGCGGGGAAAUUAUGCGCUGUACAGGGGCCUAGAAGUGGGGGGGGGGCUCUCAAGGCAUCGGCAUCUGCAGCUGAGCUUGAAUGGGGUAAACGACACUUUGUACAGGGGUCUAGAAGGGGGGAAGGGCGUAAAUUACGCUCUGUACAGGGGUCUAGAAGGGGGGAUCGCAUGUCAAGCCAGCCUUUUACGAGGGGCAAAUCAACGGCAGCUUCUAUUUUCACUGCGAUUAUAGGCCCCAUAUAUAUUCUAUAAUGUGUCUGUACUUGUCCGUAUCGGCGCAGUCAAUGCGCGGUAACUACCAUAGCAACGUACUGCGCAUUGACUGCAGUAAAUGGUUGAAACUACCAGUUGUAAUCAUGGUUAUGGUUAUACUAAGUGGUUUCAACCAUUUAUAACACAUGGUGAAAAAUAGACUAUGGUAAUGUACCAUUCUUAACCAUCAUGGUCCAAGUGGUUUUAACCACACUGAACCAUGGAUUGGCACCUGUGCAUCAUCAUGCAAGGUACCCACCCAUUUUAGCAAUGUGUCAUAAGUGGUGCUUUUCAACCCUAACAACCAUGAUACAUGGUUAAAAAUCCACAUGGUUAAAAAAACACAAGGUUAAAAAACCACAUGGUUAGACUCGUAGCUGGUUUUGACCAUUGUCCACCACUGACGGGCACGUGUAUUACCGCCGGGCUCGAGUAUUACCGCCGGGCUUGAGUAUUACCACCGUAUUGCAUGGUCGUAAAAAGCCUAACAAAUGGUUAAAAAUGUACCAUUUUUACGCAUGGUAGUAAGUGGUUGCAACCGCCGCUUACGCUUCGAUGGGUGCAUGUGUAUCGCCAUGGUAAAUACCAUGGUAAAUACCAUAGCAAUGCACCUUUUCUUUUUUUUAACCAUGUUCAUGAAUGGUGUCAACCAUUGAUGUAUGGUUAAAGAACCAUGGCAAUGUACCAGGUUUAACCUCAUGGUAAAAAAAGUGGUUUCAACCAUUGUUUUUACCAUUGAUGGGGCCACAAGUGCUGGCUACCAUGGCUAUAUUCGUGCCGUGUCCUUUUUAGAGCACACGUGGUGCGAUCUAAGCCAAUGAAGACAUGCAGUCGUUCGUCCAGUGGACAACCUUAUUCGUCCGGAUUCGUUCCUCUGCCAUUCGAUAAGCGAGCUCUUCUUCCACAUCUAGUGGAACGGCGAGAGGGAGGAGAAUUCCCCGCCGACAUGUAUUCGGUCGUUCAGCGGACAACACCAUUCGUCCGGAUUCGUUCACGGAAAACACCAUUCGUCCGGAUUCGUUCGCAGACUACACCAUUCGUACGGAUUUGUUCCUCUGCCAUUUGAUAAGCGAGCUCUUUUUCCACACCUUGUGGAAUGAGGAGACUGAGGAGAAUUCCCCGCCGCUUCUACCUGGAGACACGUGUUGCACUUUUAUCCUUGUCAUAGAAGUUCUUGUUGUUCCCGCCAGGUCCUUCAAGUUGUGCUGCAGCUCUACUUUCAAUGCUCCUCUCCAUCAACUUCUUCUUCCUCCUCCUCCUCCUCCUCUGGCAGUUUUCUCCUACUGGCCAUUCUCCCUCAUUGAUUUGCUCAUUUAGCCUUUUGAGUGUGGCUCCCCUUCCCUGUUAUAAGUUUAUGUGGUAUUUAUUUAUAUCUCUAUGGCCAACGAAAGUGGAGGAAACUCUCCUUCUAUCAUGCAUCCUUCAGCUUGAGACAAUGCUCCAAUGAGCACCUUAUCGUCUGCAUCUUCUUCUUUAAGCAUCUAUCUCUGGUAAUCUCUCUGCCUCCGGCAUCCUUACACUCUAGCAUCACUUGUUCAUUCUUUGGUUACUUCCACUUCAGACAAAAUGCAGAGCAUGUGCCUCACCAUUUGUGAAGCGUUCAUGAAUAAAAUUGUGCAGGUCAC